UCUCGGAUCCUGGCUGGUUUUCGCCUCCCGCGACCGUUAGACUGAGCGACUGGCUCCUCGUCUCGUCUGAAGCCCUUGCCGUCGCCGACGCGUCGGUGGCCCGUCCCUGGCCACCGCCUGCCUGCAAUGGGGAGGCCGCCGCGCACGGACCUGGCCCAAUCCUCCGUCACGUUCCUGCGCCGCUUCAGCGGGAACUCGCCGCUGCGGCCUUCGCGUGCGUCGGCGCUGCGGAGAGUGGCGGCGGUGCUCCUCCUUGCCGCCGCGGUGGCGCUGCCCUGCGCCGUGCUGUACCGCGCCGCCGCGGAUGCUACGGCUCCGGUGUACAUCCCGCGGGCGCGCCGGCCCUUGUUGCAGUGGGACCCGCCGCCGCCUCCUCCGGUUGAGGUCUCCGCGGAGGACGGCGACGCCGAUCCCUUCCCCACCGACGAUCUGGACAGCGAAGAUCUCAGACUAGAGCUGGUUCUGCAGGAGGCUUCCAUGGACAAUAAGACCGUAAUAUUGACGACCCUGAAUGCUGCAUGGGCUUCGCCGGGCUCAGUGAUAGACCUUUUCAUCGAUAGUUUCCGUCGUGGUGUUGGUACUAGUUCACUUUUGAGACAUCUUGUGAUAGUAGCAUUUGAUUGGAAGGCAUAUAAACGAUGUGUCAAGAUCCAUCCCUAUUGCUUUGCUCUUACAACUGAAGAUGUCGAUUUUUCUGAAGAGAAGAGGUUUCAGACCACUGGGUACCUUGAAAUGAUGUGGAAAAGGCUGGAUUUCUUGCGGCUAGUGCUUGAAAAAGGUUACAGCUUCGUUUUCUCGGAUGCUGAUAUCAUGUGGUUCCGCAAUCCUUUUCCAUUCUUUCAUUCUGAGGGAGACUUCCAGAUUGCAUGCGAUCACUACGUGGGCAAUGCAAUGGACUUGAGGAACGUAGCCAAUGGAGGAUUCAACUAUGUGAAGUCGAAUGAUCAAAGCAUAGAAUUUUACAAGUUUUGGUAUUCUUCUCGAUUUAGGUAUCCUGGGUACCAUGAUCAGGACGUAUUUAAUUUUAUAAAGCACGAUCCUUACACUGCAGAUAUUGGUCUGACAAUUAAGUUCUUAAGUACAUCGUACUUUGGUGGCAUUUGUGAGCCAAGCAGAGAUUUAAAUAAGGUUUGCACCAUGCAUGCAAACUGCUGUAUUGGACUGCAGAGCAAAAUUCAUGACUUGAGAAUCAUGAUGGAAGACUGGAGGAACUAUAUGUCAAUGCCACCAAGCCUAAAACGUUUUGGAGCACUGUCAUGGAGGGUACCUCAAAAUUGCAGCCUCUCGUUAUUAAGCCCGUGAGGCAUGCUUGUGGAGUUGAAACAGUUAAACAUGUCAACGUAAGUGUAUGCUGACGGAACGAAAUACUUCAAAGCAGAAAUGGUUUGUUUAAAUUGCUGGGAUGCCCUGUCCAUUGGAUAGCAGCUUACAUGCAAAUCUUGUCUUUCAGGAAAAGCUGGUGCCUGAUCAAUAUCAUUGCUUCCAACUUUAUACCUUUGACUAAUGCCAUAGAUGUGAAUAUUUCAAAUUACAUCAAGUGUUAGGUGUUUUGCCUGCAUAGUGAGUGGCGGCAAGAGGCAGUUUGCCCAACAAGAGUGAAGCAAGCUGUUCAAGGUCGUUUUGACUUCCGAGCAUGGGACAAGGGAGAGCCCACCUGUUAUUGGCAUGGUCCCAUACUCCCCGUUUUCCAGGAUGAUCAUCUCCUGGAUGUUUCAGCCAUGUGCAUCAGAAGCUGCAGUCCCUAGUGUUGCUAUUCAGAUGACUAGAAAAGAUAAAAUCUCCCUCCCAUGUCACCCACUUAAGGCCAAUCUUAUCUUAUCUGAAGACCAGUGUCUUUAUCCAAGAUGCCCGCACGCUUUGCCAGUCCUAAUCACCUUGGAUCUAAAGCUGAAGCACCCAUUGCCUUUUCUCAAAGCUCGGCCAAUCUACACAUCCAUUGAUUAUAUCCUCAAGAUGAGGAGUUCAUCCCUCCUCACUUCAAAUUCCGUGCAGCGAUUCUGAUUCGGUGAAGCCGGCUUUGAGCUCGUGCGAUUCCAAAGUCCUUUUCUGAUAUUCUGGUAUUCACUGCUGGAAGUGCUGCCCGAUCCAAAUCAUUGUACAGUUGGAAAUGUGCGUGCAGGCUGUGCCCCGUCCCAUCCAACAGAUCUCUGUGGAUAUUGGUAUGCAGGGUCUGAUGGGGACCCCCAAGAGAAAGCAGAGCCGCCAUUAACGUGAGGUGGUAGUAACGAGGCUGUUUCAGGUGGAUUCCGAAGGCAAUUAUACGGCUGUGCGAUACUCACCUUUGGGAUCAGUCCCCGUCUCUUGACACAGACUGUUCCGGCCUUCCGGGCAAGGGUGGCGUUCGUCUUUUUUCUAAAGAGCUGAAGUGACCGUCGCAUAAACCUCUAGUCCUUGCGAUCUCGGAUGGCCCUCUCUUAAUCCUUGGAAGAUGAAUUCAUCAUCUCGGUCAUAUUCAGUGAGUCGCCAAAACAGCUCGCCCUUUCUCAUCUCUUGCAGUUUCUUUCUUUUUAUCUUAAUUUGCGUCGCUUUAUUCAUGCACCUACGGUUCAGCUGAAUCUCUUGCAGUUUCUCGCUACAAACAAGUAGGAAAUGAAACUGUUCCUUCCAAAAGAGACCAUCAUUCAGUAGAUUACUGUACUGGGUGCGGGGCGUACCCCGGCCAUCUCUGCAUCGCACACGUAGCCCGCAGGACCAUCCCGGCCAGCAACUGAAAGUUCGCCGCGGCUCUUGCCCCUUUCAGCAAAAGCAGGCAGGAAAGGAUCGGGCCAGGGAACAUGCGGUCUCAGGAAUCAGGUCCGAAAAGCUGCGCCCCCACCAACACCAGCCCAACCGCCGCGCAUCGACAGAUCACCACACGCGAGCACCGAGCGCUCGUCUCGUCCUCCGCCGUGCCCCGGCGAGAUGCCGAGAUCCACACGUCGGUCCAUGAUCCAUCCGACAGUGCGGUCGUACCCGCAGAGCCAGAGCCGGCCCGCCCGCCGGCCGUCAGUUCAGCCGCACGCCAUUGCCGGGCGGGCAUGUGAUUGGCAUGUGCCGCGCGAAAAGGCCCGGCCCUCCCCCAUGUGCGAAGCCGCGCGUAGUGGAGGCCGCUUUGGGUUGGCUCGCCACUACCACUAACCACCCGAUUGGUCCGACCGAAGCAGCAGGGCCGCGGCGCCGCCGGAGGCGGUCGCCGGGAAAAAGGCGGGCUCCGCCGCGCCCGUUUCCCCGGGGAAAGACCCCGCGGCGAGCGAGCUAGCACGGCCGUCCCCCUCCGUCCGUCCGUCUCCCGGUCUCCGGAUGUGCGCUGCUCACGUCACCGCGCACUAGUUCGCCGGGCACGGCGCACGCGGCGGCGUUUACGGGCAGAUCGCCCGGUGCCGUAGCCGCUCGCGGUAUACGGCGGCGCAGGCGCGCAUCGUCUUUCCAGUGCCACGGAAACGGCAACGCCGCCCGACGCGCCGCGCCUUUCGGAGCGCAUACAUGCCGGCCUGCCGGUGCCGGGCGACGCGUCUGCCGGGGGGGCCUCGCCGGCCCCGCGCGGCGGCGCGCGGGAUCUAAAGGACGGCCGCGAGGAGGUCUCUCGGGGGUGGGUUCGAAAUGGACGUGACGUGACCACCGGUCGCACCCCGGUGAGCGCCGGUAAAGGUCAGUGGCGCUGGCGCGGCACAUGGAGGCGAUCGAUGGCGGGGUGACAGGUAGCGCGGGGGCAACCGAAAGCGCCUGUACCCGCGGCGGAGUGCGCCGCUCUUGUGGCUCCAGGGACGGACAAGUGUCCCUCUUUUCUGGGUCUGGCGGAUCUGUCUCGCGGUGCUGUGAUGACUGAUGGCGGCUAAGGAGCGCCGUGUCGGGGAGGAGGAGCAUGGCCAUGGAUCUACCAGUGGGAACUAGCAGCAGCGACGGCAAGUAAGCAGAGACGAAGAGAAAAGGGUUGAUGGACAUGGUGGUGAGUGAGUUGGUGAAGAAAUGACAGGAAGGGGCAAGACGCUAGUGCCGAUGGACAUGGAGAAGGGGUGUUGAACGACGAUGCGAACCAUAUUUGUGCAAAGCCAUUAGACAUGUAAGUUUGCUUCAACAGUUCUUCAGCAGCUUUUUUUUUUGAAAUAAAAUUCUUCAGCAGCUUCAAAUUGCUCAGAAUUGAUGAUCCGGACGGUUGUGAAAAAAUUGCUCAGAAAAAACCAUGGGAGUGCAGUUGUUGGAAUGAGCCUUACUAGCAUUAGGAUGGUGUUCCAAUGAAGUGACAGAAGCGGAAUAAUAUUAACAGGGAGGGUAGAGGAU